AUGACGGUUGCCACCAAUGACCCUGCAGAUGAAGCAGCGGCACAUCCAGGUCAGCCUCAUGACCAAUACGACCAAGAACCGGACCAUGAGUGCUGUGAGAGAGUUGUCAUCAAUAUCUCAGGUCUACGCUUUGAGACUCAGUUGAAGACACUUUCGCAGUUUCCAGAGACGCUGUUGGGUGAUCCGAAAAAAAGGAUGAGAUAUUUCGAUCCCCUCCGGAAUGAAUACUUUUUUGACCGGAAUCGACCAAGUUUUGAUGCUAUUCUUUAUUAUUACCAGUCUGGCGGGAGGCUGCGCCGGCCUGUUAAUGUGACCCUAGACAUUUUUUCUGAGGAGAUCAGAUUUUAUGAAUUGGGUGAGGAAGCUAUGGAAAUCUUCAGGGAAGAUGAAGGUUUCAUAAAGGAAGAGGAGCGACCUCUACCAGAGAACGAGUUUCAGAGACAAGUUUGGCUUUUGUUUGAAUACCCAGAGAGCUCCGGCGCAGCACGUAUUAUUGCCAUCAUUUCUGUCAUGGUGAUCCUCAUCUCUAUUGUCAGCUUCUGUCUGGAGACACUACCAGUUUUCCGCAAUGAGGAUGAGGACAUUUACUCUUAUCCAUUCCAGCCCAUGUCCAACUCCACCUCUACGUAUGACAGCUCAACAUAUUUCACGGAUCCUUUCUUCAUUGUGGAAACUCUCUGCAUAAUUUGGUUCUCCUUUGAAUUCCUUGUAAGGUUUUUUGCCUGUCCAAGCAAAGCUGGAUUUUUCGGCAAUAUCAUGAACAUUAUAGAUAUCGUAGCAAUCAUUCCUUACUUCAUAACUUUGGGUACAGAGCUUGCGGAGCGGCCUGAGGACAGCCAAGCAGGACAGCAGGCCAUGUCUUUGGCUAUUCUUCGUGUCAUUCGACUAGUGAGGGUAUUUCGUAUCUUCAAAUUAUCACGUCACUCUAAGGGACUGCAGAUCUUAGGGCAGACUCUAAAGGCUAGUAUGCGUGAGCUGGGACUCCUCAUCUUCUUCUUAUUUAUCGGGGUAAUCCUAUUCUCAAGUGCUGUCUACUUUGCAGAAGCAGAUGAGCCACAUUCCCAGUUCAGCAGCAUCCCUGAAGCAUUUUGGUGGGCAGUGGUUUCCAUGACAACGGUUGGCUAUGGAGACAUGGUCCCAACAACUAUUGGAGGAAAAAUUGUGGGGUCCCUUUGUGCAAUUGCCGGUGUGCUGACUAUUGCCCUGCCAGUUCCGGUCAUUGUGUCAAAUUUCAACUACUUCUACCACAGAGAGACGGAAGGUGAAGAGCAGGCACAGUAUCUGAAUAUCCCAAGUGUGCCUAAAGCCAGCUCAGCUGACGAUUUGAAGAAGAGUGGUCAGAGUGGCAGUGGAUCCACUCUCAGCAAGUCUGACUAUGUGGAGAUACAGGAGGCUGUAAAUCAUAGCACAGAGGACUUCAGACCAGAAGGCAUGAAAACAGGAAACUGCACCCUUGCUAACACUAACUACGUAAACAUCACUAAGAUGCGUACAGAUGUGUGA